AUGGGUGCCUGCAUGAGCUCGAAUAGUGAGGAGACAGAGCAGAAGAAGCGGAGCCAGAAGAUUGACAAGGACUUGGAGGAGGACUCAAAGAGACUUAGGAGAGAAUGCAAGAUCCUACUGUUAGGAUCUGGCGAGAGUGGCAAAUCCACCAUUGUCAAGCAGAUGAAGAUCAUUCACCUGAAGGGUUAUUCCGACGAUGAGCUCUACAACUACCGGCCAACAGUCUUCAAGAACCUGAUCGAGUGCGCCAAGGCCGUUAUCAACGCCAUGCGCCAGUUCGACAUCGAGCUGUCCGUCGAAGAGAACCAGGCGUACUGCGACUUCCUGCUCGAGUACAGCGUCGAGGCCGGUGCCCAGGCACAGAUCGACCCUAGAGUUGGAGAUGCUGUGCAGGCCAUCUGGAAUGACCCGGCAAAAGAGCAGUUGAUGGAGAGACAAACCGAAUUCUACCUCAUGGACUCGGCCGAGUACUUCUUCGAGCAAGUGAUGCGCAUCGUCCGCCCCGACUACUUGCCCAACGAGAUGGACGUUCUCCGAGCACGAACAAAGACCACAGGUAUUUACGAGACUCGGUUCCAGAUGGGACAGCUAAGCAUACACAUGUUUGAUGUUGGUGGCCAGCGAAGCGAGCGUAAGAAGUGGAUUCACUGCUUUGAGAACGUGACGUCCAUCAUCUUCUGCGUGGCCCUUAGUGAGUACGAUCAGGUAUUACUCGAAGAGAGCAGCCAGAACCGUAUGAUGGAAAGCUUAUUGCUCUUCGACUCGGUCGUCAACUCGCGAUGGUUCAUGCGAACGAGUAUAAUUCUCUUCCUGAACAAGGUUGAUAUCUUCAAGCAGAAGCUGAGCAGAUCGCCCCUUGGAAACUACUUCCCCGACUACUCCGGAGGCAACGACGUCAACAAGGCGGCCAAGUACCUCCUAUGGCGGUUCAACCAGGUGAACCGUGCACACUUGAAUCUCUACCCUCACUUGACCCAAGCUACGGAUACUAGCAAUGUCCGUCUGGUCUUCGCAGCCGUCAAGGAGACUAUUCUCAAUAAUGCCCUCAAGGAUUCAGGAAUUCUUUGA